AUGGAUGAACGUCCAACUCUAGAAGGCUAUGAGUUUACACUUAAGAUAAGUACUUCUCCAUAUAUGAAUGUAUGGAUUGUUAUAGAACAACAUUCAAAACAGAAUUUUGCUGUAGCUGUAAUUCCAAAUUUUCGAGCCACACAGAGAAGAUACAAACUCUUAGAAACUCUCAUAGAAACAUAUGGAAAACUCAAUCAUCCUGCUAUUGCAAUACCAGUUAAAUUCUUUUUACCAGCAGAUGGCAAAAAUACUUUGUUUAUUUUUUAUAACACAGAAGGAACUACUAGUGUCUACUCACAUCUUAAAAAGCAAAGAGCACAAUCAGAACCACCAUCACUUACCCUUCAACAAGUUUUUGUCUAUAUUAUCGCUUUAAUUUCAGCAAUUGCAUACUUACAUGACAACAAUAUAGUUUGUCAUGAUAUAUCAUCAAAACUGUUAGUAAUUGAUAAUGAUUCAUGCCCACAUCUCGUUGCUUACGGCCUAUAUCAAUUAUAUUAUACAGAUUCUGAAGAUAUGAAGCUUCUUGAAAUGACAGUUAUGCCACCAGAAUUGAGAUUUGAUUUCAGACCAUCAAAGAAAUCAGAUAUUUUCCAAUUUGGAACUUGCAUUUUUACAAUGUUCUCUCCAAAGACACUUGUAACCAUAGAAUCAAUAUUUCGAAGAAUGGUAGAAGUAAUGCGUCGAGGUUACACUCCAAUUGUUACAGAAAUGAUGCCUGGUUUCUUACAAUCAAUUUUAUUCCAAUGCUGGUGUAUAGAUCCAUUACAAAGACCUACAGCGAGAUUCAUUCAAAACAGACUUGUUUAUAAUAUCGAACUUUUCCUAAAAGGAGCAACAGAUCAGACUUAUUUUAAUUAUCUUAAUAAACUGAACGAUAAUGUCUCAGAAAAAUACUUCAAAAGCAUGGCUUUGAUUGCCAAUGAAGUUAAUUUACUCUCAAACAAAGGAAAGAAAUUGGCGAUACGAUAUAUCAUGUUACAAGAAUGUAUUCUCUCUGUUACCAACAGAAACAUAGACUAUACAUUCCGGCUGAUCUCUGAGCACGUCAAGCCGGCCAAAGAUAAAGAACAUAUUGUAUCGUUUUUCUUAACAGCGACGCAGUGCAGAUUCCUUAUGAUAAAAGAGAUCGCCGACCUAUUUAAUCGCUUGAUCACUUCUAUCCCGCAAUUCUCCGACUUGCCGAAAUUAUUUAUGUCAAAUUUUAUUAAAGCAAUCAUGUACGUUGAGCCUCUUCCGGAUUAUAUUGGUGCUGUCCAGUUCAUAUUCUUUCUGAAUAGGAUGGGUGUUUACAAAGAUCAAGAGCUAAUCCGAGAAUUUCAUUAUUUGUACGAAAAAACUCCGAACAAAAACAAUUUGUGUCUUCCAUUCUGUUGGUUUGCCAACUUGUUCUACGAAUAUGACUGUCCGAUUUACCAAUCUAUGAUCACUAUCCUGAAAAACCACGAAAACGAUGAUUUCUUUCCAGAGUGCUAUCGGAACUUUAUAAAGAAAUACAAUAAUUUCCAGAAAAAUAAGUUUGCCUUUUACACUACAACACUUCCUUCAGGAAUUUCAUCUUCAAAGUUCCGAAAAAUCGUAAAAAGUGACGCCCAAAAAGAAUUUAUUGAAUAUAUGAACAAGAAGAAAAGUGACGAAAAACUUAAGGUUUCCGCGGAUGUUUUUGAGCCAUGUCCUGUUAUAAAGGAAGAGUCAUUAGUGCACAUAUUCAUUGCCAUCUACGGAGCAAGUUCUAUUUGGUAUUCGAUGGUUACAAAACAUCCAAUAAACAUGCCGAAAGAAAAAAUUCUCAGAAAAUUUAUUCAAUACUGUGUUAUGGGCGGAUCCGAAACCAUAAUAACCAAUGCGAUGCAAAUGAGGUGUUCAAUGGAAGGAACACCACAAAUCGCAGCUGUUUACCACAGAAACGAAGUUUUCAUCAAUUUUCUAAGAGAUACUUGUGAUUUGACACUUCCCGACAAAGAUGGAAAACUCGUUAUAACAACAGCUGCUGCAUCAAACAACAUCUUUAUCUUGUUGUGCUGUUUGCAAUGCGGAAUGUCGAUAAACAGCAGAGAACCAUUUGGUUGGACACCUCUUCAUUCAGCAGCUUCAAAAGGAAUGGUAGAAGUAAUGGAAGUUUUGUUCGAAAUACAAGGUAUAGAUGUGAAUGCAAGGGAUAUUUGGGGGUGCACCCCCCUUCAUGUUGCAACUGACAAAAUGCAAAUUGGAGCUGUAAAAAUCUUGCUGAAAAAUAAAAAUAUAAAGCCAAAUAUGGUAAAUGAAGACGGGAAAACAGCGUUUAUCAUGGCCGUUGAGGGAGGAGAGCUCGAAAUUAUUCAAUUAUUUAUGAGCUCGAAGAUCAACAAGACAAUUGCAACAUCGAAAGGUAUGACAGCAUUACAUAUUGCUGCAACAAAGUCUUUGCAGGUUUUUGAACUUGUAGCGAAAAAUUCCGGAAUUGAUCACACUUCCCUUGAUAAAAAAGGAAGAUCGGCACUAGAUAUUGCUAGGGACUGUGGAAAUAAAGAGGUUGUAGAUGCUAUUGAGAACUAUAACCAGAAAUACGGUUCGAAAUGUAAUAUCGCUUAG